CUAUUCCCAUAAAUCAAUAAAAUAAUUUUUAAAACUUUUAUCGAAAAAUAUUUUUAAAAAUCUAUCAAUCAAAAAAAUCUUCGGCCGAUAACUUUUAUCAAAAUAUAUUUUUAAAAAUCCAUCAAUCAAAAAAGGAUCUAUAUUAAAAUUUGAGAAAAUUUUACCAUGGUUUGCAGUAAAUUAGCGCGAACGACUUUAUUACACAGACUCAAACCCGAGACACACGCCUAUCAUUUCUCGUCACUAUUUGCCCGGGAUUCUAUUGCCAAUGUCACUAGUGGUUUUUUUUCGCGCGCUUUCUUUCAUUUUAAUUGUUCUUCUAUAAACCCCAUUCAAAAUACCGCUAAGAGAACCUCCAAAACAACCGGUUAUUACUCCAAACUGCUCUCCCCGCGUAAACAAUACUCGACCAACCUCAACUAUCAGUCACGAAAAAACGUGUUUACUUUACCCAGACGCCAAUAUAAUUAUUCCCACCCAAAAUCCAUAAAAUUUAUACAGAAUGUCGAUAAAGUCGUCAAAAAGCCUCCCGAUAAGAAUAUCGUGGCCAUAAGACGAGAAACUCAAAGUCUGUGGGAGAGGCGGGCCCCCUUAGCACCUUUCCACGUCAAAAGAAUAUGCUCACAGGGAGUUAAAGUGUUACUUCAACCUUCCAACCGCCGGGCUUAUCCAAUGGACGAAUACGCGAACGCCGGUGCCAUAAUCCAGGAGGAUAUAAUGGAUGCUUCGUUGAUCAUUGGCGUAAAGCGGCCGUCCAAUAUAGAGGAACUUAUCCCCAAUAAGACUUACCUCUUUUUCUCGCACACGCACAAAGCCCAAAUCGAUAAUAUGUCACUCCUCGACGCUAUUGUUGAAAAGAAUAUCAAAUUGAUCGAUUACGAAAAAAUGGUGGACACCAACGGUCAAAGGGUUAUAGCGUUCGGCAAAUAUGCUGGUGUGGCGGGUAUGAUCAAUAUAUUGCACGGUUUGGGACUGCGAUUCUUAGCCCUGGGUCAUCAUACCCCUUUCAUGAACGUAGGCCUGGCUCACAAUUAUCGGAACAGCAACGUAGCUAGACAGGCCAUAAGAGACGUCGGUUAUCAAAUAGCCCUGGGAUUGAUGCCCAAAUCGGUGGGACCACUGACCUUCAUAUUCACGGGUACUGGGAACGUUUCACAGGGCGCAAGAGAGGUUUUUAAUGAACUUCCGCACGAAUACGUCGACGCCGCAACACUUCCUAAGAUAUCGAAAUACGGAAAGCUUAACAAAAUUUACGCUUGCGUUAUCAGCAGGGAACACCAUUUACUCCACAAGGAAAAGGGAGUAUUCGAUGCUAACGAUUACGAUAAUCAUCCCGACAAUUUCAUAUCCUCAUUCAGUAAAACGAUUGCCCCGUACGCAACGGUGAUAGUUAACGGUAUUUACUGGGCUCCCAACUCCCCUAAGCUAAUUACCAUACCAGCCGCGAAAUCGUUGUUGCAACCUUGCCCUAGCUCUUCUCCGUCUAAAGCCACUAUGGGAGGCGGUUCGACGAAAAAAGAUUCGGAUUCCUGGGCUAAGUCUAGCCCCGAUGUUGGGGAUAACGCUUACUUUCAAGGCGGUUGCCCUCCUUUACCGCACAAAUUGUUAGCCAUAUGCGAUAUCUCCGCCGACCCCGGUGGCUCGAUAGAAUUUAUGAGCGAGUGCACUACUAUAGAUAAGCCUUUUUGUCUCUACGACGCCGACCAGAACAAGAAUACCGAAAGUUAUACGGGAAUAGGUAUAUUGGUGUGCUCGAUAGACAAUAUGCCCACGCAGAUUCCCAUCGAAGCCACAGACUUUUUCGGUGAACUCUUAUUGCCCUUCAUUCCUGAUAUGCUCAAGCUUUCGACUUCGAAGGUUCCACUCGAAAAGAUAGAGAUCAGCACUGUUAUCAAAAACGCCAUUAUCGCUUCCGACAAGAAAUUGACCCCAAACUUUGCUUACAUACAAGAAUUGAGGAACGUUCAAAAACAAACAUUUAAAAGUAGCGGGAAAAAACCGAAAAUUCUCAUCCUAGGAGCUGGUUACGUGUGUGGGCCCGUAGUAGAAUACUUGUCCAGAGAAAAUUCAUACGAAAUUACCAUAGUGAGUCCGUGGCAAAAAGAACUGCAAAGGGUAGUGGAAACUACGUGCGGUAAGGAUAAAGUUAGGGCUUCUAACCUUAACCCAACCGUGCUGGAUAUCGAUAAGCAAAAACAUAAAUUGGAGGACCUCAUAAAGGAAAGUGACAUAGUGGUCAGUUUACUGCCGUUCACUUACCAUCCAUCCAUAGCAAAUCUUUGCAUAAAACACAAACGAAAUAUGGUAACGACUAGCUACGUUAGCCCGGAUAUGAGACUCUUACAGGAUAAGAUCAAAGAAGCCAAUAUUUGCAUAGUGAAUGAAUGCGGCUUGGACCCCGGUAUAGAUCAUAUGUUGGCCAUGGAGAUUUUCGACGAUAUCAAGGAAAAAAGGAAACAAUUGAUAGAGUUCAGUUCCUUUUGUGGUGGAAUCCCUGCCCCCGAAUUCGCUAAUAAUCCUCUCAGAUACAAAUUCAGUUGGUUUCCUAAAGGCGUUCUCCUCAAUUCGCUUUCCGGUUGUAAAUAUCUCAAAGACCAAAAGGUCGUGGAGAUUCCUCCGGAUGGGUCUAUAAUAAAUUCCCCUUGGGAUUAUACCGAAUUGCCUGCUUAUAAUUUGGAAAGUUUUCCUAACAGAGAUUCUACGGUUUAUGUCAAAGAAUAUGACAUACCCAGCGUGAGGACAUUGAUCCGCGGAACGCUCAGAUACAAAGGAUUUUGCAAUGUUAUCAAAGGUUUUCAUCAGAUGGGACUUUUCGAUCAAUUCACCCUUCCCAUCCUUCAUCCAUCGGCUCCUAGUCUUACAUGGAAAUCCCUCAUGUGCAACAUUUUAGGCAAACCCAGUGACAUAAUGGCAGAUACUCUCGAAAACUUUGUUUACGAAAAAGUGGGAGAUUCUAAAAGAGUUCAAGCGUUCGAAGAACUGGGCAUGUUAUCUGACCAAGUAAAGGUUGACAAAAAGGUAACUCUAUUGGAUACCGUAUCUAACUAUUUAGCCCAAACGCUGUCCUACGGAAAAAAUGAAAAGGACAUGAUUAUCUUGAGGCACAAUUUCGUGAUAUACAAAGAACCAAAUAACCCCCUCGAAAAAGAAUUGAAGACAGUGACGCUGAUAGUUUACGGAGAACCUAACGGACAUACGGCCAUGGCUAAAACCGUGGGAUUUCCUUGUGGAAUAGCUGUUAAAAUGAUCUUGGAAGGUGAAAUACAGGGAAAGGGUCUUAUCUUACCCUUAACUCGGGAGAUUUACAAGCCCAUAUUGGACCGGCUAAUGAAGGAGGGAAUCGCCGCUAAAACCGAAACCAAGAUGAUCUCUACGUCUAGUCAUACACAAAAACAUAUUGUUGGAUAGAAAAUUUUUUUUAAAAAUAAUAAAUAGAAUUUUAAAAGUCUAAUAAUUUGUUACUCAUGUCACGAAAAAUCAAUUAGUAUUAUAAUAUAACUUAGCUAUUUAGUUUAAAAAAAAUAUAUAUACAUUAAAUAAAUUCAUAUUUUAAUAUAUUCCGUUUUUUAAAAAAAACAUUUAUUUUAUCUAUCAAAAUUUAGGUUAUUUUAAAUUAAUCAAAUUAUUCAUUGCAAUAUCUUAUAAAAAUAUAUUAAAGUCUAAUUCGUAUUUAUUUAUGAUAUAUUUAAAUUUAUGAUCUUACCUAUAUAAUAUUGCCAUAUAUGCACCAAUCUAAAUAUUGUAUGAU